GAAGUCUUGGGAGGCGGCUGGGGGACUGUGACGCUUCGGGGACGGGGUACUGGCGGUUCUGAGUGCCGUCGGUGGGGACACGGGCAGUGUGAGUCCCUUUCGGGGGGAUCCCGGGGAGUCUGCAUCCCCUCAUAGGGGCAGAGAUGGGAGGUUGUUCACACGGAGUGUGGGGGUCUCCUUGCAGGGGGGUUGGGCAGGGGCCCGCAGUUCCCCCUGACCCCUCCCCGACCGAUCUCCCCGCAGUUUAUUCCCUGGACGGGCUCCUGGUGUUCGGGCUGCUCCUGGUUUGCACUUGUGCGUACCUGCGGAAGGUGCCCCGACUGCGCAUCUGGCUCCUCUCCGAGCGCAGGGGCAUCUGGGGAGUCUGCCACAAGGCUGCUGUGAUUGGGACCCGCCUGCACGUGGCUGUGUCCAUGUCCUGUCUUCUCAUGGCCUUCUACGUCCUUGUGGGAAAGUGACCACAUGGAGACCUGCUGGCAACCUGAGAGAGCCCUGGGACUGACUAGAGAUCCUGUGACUGAUUCCAACAAUCCCACUAUGGACCAGAGAUCCUGGUACUGACCCCUGUGUCCCAGUACCAACCAGAGACCCCAUUGCUGACCCUGGAGACCCUGGUACUGACCCUGAACCACCCCUGGUCCUGCCCUUGGCAGCAACCUGGAUCCUGCAUGUGGCAACCCAGGGACCAUCAUGGCCCAUCACCCUCCUUGAGCCCACCAAGGGCAACUGUGAGGGCCAACAGAGCACCUUUAGACUGUUGGAAAAAGAUUUCUCGUUAAUUCUGUAGAGAAGUGGGUGAAGGGACCCCCGGGACUGGGGGACCCAGCUCUGACUUGUGAGCCCCUUCUCUUGAUGCUGAGCAGCGUGCUGGUGAGACCAUGGCAGGCUCUGGGGGCCUGGCAGGGUCCCCCCUGAUCUGUGGGAUCUUCCUAUGCCCCUGCAGCGUGGGGGGCCCUCAGGGGGGGCUCCUGCAGUGGGGGGUUGGUGACGCCCCCGGGUUGUAAAUAUUGGACCACCACAUGCAAAUAAAGUGGGGGUUCCUCUGUGGCA